AUGGGACAGAAGGACGUUGCAAAGAAUAACGACAAAAAGUCGAUUUACUAUGCAGAGACUCCUGAUGAGCCCGAGACCGAGGAGGCUGGCUCCAUCGAUUACCAGGACUCUGACUAUGAGGUCUUGAUGGCGGCAGCGGAAGACAUUGGCCUUGAGCCAGAGCAUGAGAUCUUCGAGGAAUCCGAGGCCAAAGAAAUCCUGGCUACAAUGGUUCGUGACGCUUUGAAGGGUGGUAACAAGGGCUAUGGCAAGGGCUUUGGCAAGCGGACCUUCGCCAACGUGACCCGCAUGAAAAAGACAAAGGAAUUGUCCCGAGAAUACGGGAGUGGAAGAACCGGUAUUGCACCGGGAACAUACAAAGUCAGCAUUGAAGAACUCAAGAGCCGUACCAGAUGCGGCCAUUGCAAGGCCAUCGGUCACUGGCACCGUGAGUGCCCUCUGAAGAAGUCGGGCAGCUCCAGCAAAGAGGUACAGCUCCUCGAGACCGAUGAAGCCAUGUUCGUGCACUUCCUUGAGUUCCAGGAUUACAAGGCCAACCACGGUCAUGAAGCGGUAGCUGAAGUGCACCACUUGCAGUCCUCCGAGGACUGGAAUCCAUUAGAUGUAGCUGUUCAGCAGUGGCGGUCUGAGCGACAAGUUCCGACCGGACCUCAGGUUUUUGACAACUCCGCGGCGUCCCAGUCCGCGUACAAGGAGCGACACCAGGCAUCUCACAAGCGCUCCCGUGCAAUGGACUGCGAGGAACCCUCCACAGUGACGAUGCAGCGCUGGCGGCACCUGAUGCUCCGUGUGCUGAUGUUGGUCAACCAAGCCAUGCAGCACCUGGUCUCAGGCCGGCUCAAUAUGACCGGCUUCAAGGGCUAUCGUCUGCAGCAGAUGGCUCGCGACCUUCCACUCCUCGAGACAUCCGAACUCGAGGAUCUGAUGCAGCUAUGUCAGGAACAAAUUCAAAGUCGGCAGAUGGACGAGCUCGACGGCUUCUCCAUCAUCUCCGGGCAGACCCUGCGGAGCCAGCUCAGCCUCACCUCCAAAGCCGUGCUCAGCUCAGACGGAGAUCUUCGAGAAUCCUCCAUACUGUCAAUGUCGACUGGCGGCAGUACGACUGACCACCUACAAGGGCGGUCGCAACUAUCUACGCCAUUUCUGGCGAUGCCCCAAGUGGCAGAACCCCAUGACGAGGCCGAGAUGAUCGGGUACCACCAAUGCCCACAUCACCGGACCACUCAAUCCGGCUCAAACGGCUGGAUCACCCAGACCAAGUGCUUGGACUGCGGCAAACUCCUGGAGAAGGUCUCCAAGACGGGUCCCAAGGCGACAUCGUCCAGGGAGCCAAUUCCUUCGGAGAGCGAGCAGGAACUGUGGGAGCAGUUCCAGGCUUUCCAAAGGCUCCGUCGCGGCAGCCAGGGCUCCAAGUGA